UAUUGAUACAUGCAUGUAUGUUUUGUCUUAAAUGGGUUAAAUCUAAUAUUAAAUUUGAAUUGCGCUGCCUCGCACAUAAAUUAAGUAAUUAAUAAUCUAUGAUUGAUAUUAUGGAUUAACGGCUGUAACUGUUUUUAAAGAUAAAUAAAGCUAAAAUUAAUGCUGUCAAUACUCUGGAAAAAAAGUCGAUCAAUAACAGAGAUAAUGAAUGUUUCAAACUUCACGCCAUUAAAUCGACAAAUGGCGGAUUUGUGUACUAUCAUCGUUCUAAACGUAAGCAAGGCAAUUAGUCUCUCUCGACGCGAUUCGUAAUAAUGGAUAGAAUAAUUAAGGGUAUAAUGAAAUAUAGACAAUGUCAUAGAGAAGGAAUGGUGAAACAAUUUCAAAAAGUCAGAGAUCAUCCCGAGCCAAAAGCAGUAUUCUUUACCUGCAUGGAUUCCCGGAUGAUACCAACUAGAUUUACGGAAACGAAUGUUGGGGACAUGUUUGUCGUAAGAAAUGCAGGAAAUCUGAUUCCACAUUCUCAACAUUUCGUAGAUGAACUCACUAUGUGUGAGCCAGCUGCUUUGGAACUUGGUUGUGUUGUCAAUGACAUAAAACAUAUUAUAGUUUGUGGACACAGCGAUUGUAAAGCUAUGAAUUUAUUGUAUGCUUUGAAGGAUGAAGAAUUUGCCUCUCAGAUGAAUCGAAGGAUAUCACCAUUAAGAGCAUGGUUGUGUGCACAUGCCAGUAGCAGUUUAGCUAAAUUUCAACAGCUUGAAAUCACAGGCUUUCGGGAGCCGAUUCUAUUUCAAGCAGAAACGCCAUUACGGAAAUUUGUUGUUUACAUUGAUCCUGAAAAUAAGUUUGCCAUAGAAGACAAAUUGUCUCAAAUCAAUACAUUGCAACAGCUUCAAAAUAUAGCCUCUUAUGGUUUCCUAAAGAAAAGAUUAGAGAGACAUGAAUUACACAUUCAUGCAUUAUGGUUUGACAUUUAUACAGGCGACAUUUAUUAUUUUAGUAGAGCUAAUAAAAGAUUCGUUGAAAUAAAUGAGUUGACAGAGACACCUUUGCUCAGAGAAAUCAAGAAAUAUUAUUCUUAGGCGUUUUGAUCUUGAGAUGGAGCUCAAAAUCUCAUGCUUUGCGAUUUAAUCGUGUAAAGAUUCGUGAAUUAUCUUUCACGAGAGAUCGCUCUGUGAUUGCAUUUUUUAGCCAUUGUUAAAUUUGAUCGUCCAAUUGUAUGCGACGUACCUGAAAAUAAUGUUACAUUUUUUAUUUCUUUUUAUAUAUAAUACAAUUUCUAUUGAUUUUAUAUAAGCAUAAUAUUUCGAACAACGAAUAGGAAACAAUCAUAUUGAACAAUUUAUAAAAUAAUAUAUUUUCUUCUUUAUCAUUGUAUUACACACACACACACACACACAUAUGUAUAUAUCAUAGUGCUAUUACAUGCAUAUAUGUAAUAGUAAUUUGAUGUUAAGAAAGCUAAAACUGCACAAAGUUAAAAAAAAUGAAGCCUACAAAAAAUGAAGAUUAUUUUUGGAAAACGUGAUUUUAAUAAGACGUAUGUUACCUAUAACUUAAAGAAUUUAUAUCUAUAGACAUUAUUUUCUUACGUAUUGUACUUCUUAAUUUAAUGCAAUAUAUAUAUAUAUAUUAUAUUAUGUACCUAUA